UGUAGUGUAGAUCAGUGAGGUGACCUUCUAGCCUAAUUUAUUCUUUUCUUCUUCCCAUCAUGCGCUUUUGCUGUUGUCGUCGUCGUCGUCGAAUACCCUACCACUUCUUUCGAAAACGUCCAUGAGAAUGAACCGAAGAAUUGAGUGCCGCAGUGAGGGGUGUAACCACGAGGUUCUGUUCAAGCCUGCUGAAGGAGCAUUCGACGAACAGAGAGGCAGAAAUGGCCGGAUCCCUUUGGUGCCUGGUGGUCGAGGCUCACCCACAGGUCUACUUCAUCGACACUCCAACCCCAUCCAAGUUUCCCCUUAUUGCAAACAUCACACCUGCGUCCACUUCCACGGCGACGAGCGCUGUGUCUACAAGAAGCCGUCCCAUGACAGCGUCUGCGCCAUCCAUGCGAGAUGCCCCAUUUUAAACUGCACCCAGGCCCGCGCCCAGUUCCUCGAACCCGACUUUGACUCCUUGUCCAAUGCCGUCCCGAAAUAUGCCCGUUUCGAUGUCUGCUCUGACCACAAAUGCGCAUUGCAACGAUGCGGUGGGAGACGGGCGUCUUCAGAAACCACCUACUGCCAGUCCCAUGCUUGUCAGGCAGAGGAAUGCUCCAACCUACGUCAAGAGCAACGGAACUGCUGCUUGGAGCACCAAUGCAAGAACAAAGCCUGCAAGACUAUCGUCGAAGGCCAAUUUCCCUACUGUGUAAUCCACAUCAAAUGCCAGAUGAGCAACUGCAAUGAGGCAAGACACUUGUCACCCAAGACGAACGAGUACCUUACGUUCUGUAUCGACCGUAAGUACCACGCUGCUCCAUCGUAAACCUGCUUCUUAACAUCCACAGACGCGUCAUGCCCCAUACGCCAGUGUACCGCCCUCAAGACGGACCGCUCGCGCUACUGCUCGAAUCACACCUGCCGAGUGCGAGAAUGCUC